GAGAUGAGAGAGGAAGCUGAGAUAUCCUGGAGGGAGUUUAGCACCUGCUUCAGAGAGAGGCCACCUGUCACUGAGGAGGCCAAACAUGGAGAGCCACAGGGGAAAUCUGUAAGCAAAGGAUUCUGAGCGAAAGAAGUCAUCUCAACAGAGGUCUGGCAGUAUCCAGUACCUUAAUUUUCUUAGCACAGAAGACAAACCACCUUGAAUUCUCUAAUUUCCUGAAUUUUUCAAGUUGGUGACAAUGGCAACUAAUUUUGGAGUUACCUCAGCAGUGUUUUUCAUCUGGAUGAUGACAUUCAUGGCUCAAAAUUACUUUGUAACAGGUUCCACUCAUUCACUUUGCAGGAUCACAGGUGUAGGACUCUAUCUCGAGAAGAAAGUGAAUUUCUCAGAAGCAAGUAAUGCAUGUAAUCAACUGAAUCUACAAUUGGCAAGUAAAGACCAAGUUGAAAAUGCUUUGAAACAUGAGUUUCAAACAUGCAGCUUUGGAUGGGUGAAAGAUGGAUUUGUUGUUAUUCCUCGGACAACACCCAACAACAAAUGUGGUAAGGGCAAAACUGGACUAGUGCGAUGGAAUGCUGACCUCCUUCAAACAUUUCACGUUUACUGCUUCAAUUCCUCAGAUGUCCAGAUUAAUUCAUGUAAACCAGACCCAACCACAACAACAUUUCCUUCAUCGAGUGCAUCAACGGACUCGACUGCACAUUCAGCCUCUGAUUUCACUGAGAACAUCACAGCAGUGCCCACUGUGACUGAGCCAGGGCAAUUCCUGAAGAACAGAAGGUUUCGUGUCAUCUGUGUAACUGAAACGUUACCCACAGAGGGGCCCACCACAGCACUGCCAGAGGAAUCCUCUGCGACUGCCUCUCCCAGCCACACUGCCCGGUCUGCCUUUAAGAACGACUCUGUCAUCUUCGGAGGUAUCCCCACUGCACUUCUUGUCCUGGCAAUCAUCUUCUUCAUUAUUUCAGUUGUUCUAGCAGUCUGUUAUAUCAAAAAGUACAAGAAAACCUUCCCAUUUUUAAACAAGACUCAGGAAAAAGAAAUGGUUGGAACUGUUGCUCUCAAAGAGGCAAAGUUAAAUGACAAAACACCUGAGAAGGAAGCACAGACUAAUGGAAAUAAGGUAGAAGAGUCUAAAACUAAGCCUGAGGCCACAGUAAAAUGUCUAGAAGCAGAAGUUUAAAGCGAAGAAUGUACAAUUCUUGAUGGAAAUAUAAAAUUAAGCACACAGAACUUUGCAAUGCUUUUAAACUUGGCUAAUUGUGAAUACUCAUGAGUAUUUUCUCUAUCUUAACAUGUGAAACCUUGUUUUUUAAUAAUUACAUCUUUGUCUACAAAUAUUCUUGCAGGAGAACAUGGUAUCUUAUUUACUUGAAAUAAAUAAAAAAUCCAUAUUACAGCUCAUUUUUCAUCUAUAAUAAAGAAGUAAUUAGGAAUAUGCUAUUAAUGACAUGCACUGUGUUAACUAUUUGCAUUGAAUUCAGAUCAAUAUAUCAUUAAAAGGUUUUUAUAACCA